AUGAAUAAUCAACAACCGCCUCCAUUUCUCAACUCUUCCCAAUAUCAGCAGCAACAACAACAAUACUCGAAUAAUACAACAGGAUCGGGUGUUGUUGGAGGCUAUUCAAAUGUUCCUCAUCCACUUGAUCCACUCUCUUCGCAGAGAAUGACCACUUCCUUUUCAGCAUCACCUCUUCCACCACUUCCUCAGGGUCAUCAUCAUAUUAAUCAUCAACAUUAUCAAUCAUUUAAUCAGCCUUCACCAACACUUUCUGGCGGUAUGAAUACGAGUGGUUAUUUAAGUACGACAGGAGGUAUGCCACACUCUCAUAGUUCUUCAUCAAUUGCUUCUGCAACUUCAUCGGUUGGUGUUGGACAACCACCAGAAUAUAUGAUGCGUUCGGGAACUGUAUUUACUGCUGGUCCUGGUAUUGGAAGUUCAAUUUCACUCUCACAACAACAUGAAGCUGUCAGAGCCUUUUUGAAGGGAAAUGAUUUUCCAAUUAGAACACCUAAAAAAGUACAAGACAUCAAGGGAACUUCAUUGGAAGAAUGUGUAGAAUUGGCAAAAAGUGAAUCAUGGAAAGAAUUUUUAAAAAAAAGAGAGAAACAAAUCCAGAAAGAUCAACCCUUGUCAGAGCAAACAGUGGUUAUCUCAAGUUUGCUUAUGGCCAUUUUGUAGAUGCUUGUAAAGAGUUUACAUUCAUUCUUACAGAGUUGGAUCCUCUCAGUGUCAAUGCUGCCAAUAAUAGAUCUAUUUGCAUGUUGUAUAUGUGUGAACUUGGGAAGGCUAUUGAUGGCGUUGAGGAAUUUGUGAGACAAGAUCCAGCUGUUACUUUGGAACAUAAUUUAGUCUAUAACCUCUGUACAUUAUACGAUUUGGAGAGUACUGAGAGCAGUGAAAAGAAGAUGAUUAUUAGCUCUCUAGCUCACAGAUUUAAAGGAGACGAUUUUGGAAAUUGGAUUAUCCAAUAAAUUUAUUAUUGGCUUGUCA